AUGCCAUUCUCAUACUGGCCAGGCGGCAUUCCUUCUUACAUCAAAUUCGAUCAGGUUCCUAUCGUUUAUGACAAAAUUAAGGAAUUGACUACUGGCUGGCAGCUAUUUGUGAAGGAGAAAUGGAUACCUAAACCAGCCGACGAAGCAGACGGGGAAUAUGAAGGCAACCAACGACGAGCGCUCGUCUCGGAAUGGGCUCAGGCUCCACAGUCUUUACGAGACGAAUUCCAGUCUCGUGCUUUAGCAUCGCCGCCGGCCUGGAGUAAGAGCGACUGGAAGCAAUACGUCCCAGAGGGCGACGAAUCCGACAUAGCAUGGUUCACCUGUAUCGCACCUCUCGAUACUCCUCGUAAUCGAGCAUUGUGGACUAAGCUUCGGAUUCUCUCAUAUGACUUCUACUGGUCCAACGACGGAAUCUGUGAAGCCGGCGUUCUUCAGGCAUCACCACAUUUAGCGACUGCUGGUGUAGAGCCUAAUGAUUUUAUGAAAACGGCUUUCGUGGAGAAUGCGAGUUUCUCUUCGAUGUCUAUGACUGUCCAUGGCACGGUUGUCUUUAAUUGUGGCUGUACACAACAUGUUUUCGCCGACCAACGGUCUUUGGAGGAUGGUAUGCUGUUGAUUGUCAACACCGAAAGCAAUGGAGAGGUGGUGUUAAAGAUGCGGUCCUAUUUUCUGGAUUUACUUGAUAUGUACUGCAUGUACUUUGGGUUAGGAAAAGGGCUGGAAGAGAAGCGAGGUAAUGCUGGGUUUGACGGGGCAAAUUCCGAUGUUGAGGAGGGGGAAUUUGGACAACCGUUCGAUAUAUCGAAGCCGAUUCUAGAGAUCUUUGCAGAUGUCAAAGCUAUGGGCGGCCUUGACGCAGACCCGGAUAAAUGGCCAGCAAUGAUUGAGCAGAAUGCUCCCGGGUAUCUUGCCCUUGAGGCUGAGGGGAAAGGGGACGAGUACGAUCACUCCCUUUUCUCUGACAAGAUGUGGUAG